AUGACUUCGUCAUCGUCAAUGCAAGUGCUUCUUAUUAGCUCAAUAAAGUUGGAGCGGUUAGAAGAAAACGAGGACAUAGUCAUCCUCCCUGCGGACAAGGGAAAUGCCACUGUGGUUUUGGACCGUCCGGACUACAUCAACAAGAUAAAUGGGCUGCUCAUGGACACGUCGACCUAUGCCAAACUGGCUAAGGAUCCAACGAAGAAGGUGGAAUCGGAGCUCCAGAAGCUGCUUGCUGAAGUUUUCAGGUUUGUCCCCCCACCCGAAAGAAAUAAUCUCUACUACAGGUUGCUCUGCCACAAUGGAUCGGCUCCCGCGCUCUACGAACUGCCGAAAAUUCACAAGCCAGACGUCCCGGUACGACCGAUUGUGGACUACACACGCUCGCCGCUGUAUGAACUGUUCGGCUACCUGCACCGUAUUCUUAGGCCGCUUGCAGGACUCACGCCCACUUUCGUCAAAGACUCCGCUCACUUUAUUGAGCUAAUAAGAAGCACUUGCUUUGACGAUGACGAAGUCAUGAUCUCCUUUGACGGAAAGUCAUUGUUUACAUGUGUGCCUAUUGAGUACGCGGUUGAGUGCUGUAGGAAACUUCUCGAGGCUGACUCUUCUUUGCCUGAACGCACGCCAUUCGAAUCCCAUGACAUUUGCCGCCUUCUAAAAUUCUGCCUAGAGAAUACGUACUUCGUCUUUAACAAGCAGUAUUACAAGCAAGUAUUCGGCACUGCGAUGGGAGCCUCUGUUUCUGUCGUUUGCGCGAACAUUGCUCUAGAGGAUCUCGAAAGUGCCGCCUUAUCUUCAUUCGGAACGCGGCCAAAGCUAUUUCUAAGAUACGUGGACGACUGCUUCUGCAUUAUCCCUCGCCGGCACGCAGCACAUUUCCUCGAGCACCUAAAUUCCUUUAAGCCGAGUAUACAGUUCACGCCUGAAGAGGAAAACAAUGGGCGAAUUCCCUUCCUGGAUGUCCUCGUAGAGAGGACUUCAAGCGGCUUGAGGACUAGUGUCUACAGAAAGCCAACGCACACCGGAAAGUACCUGAGCUUCGACUCGGCGCACCCAAUUGGGCAAAAACGACCCGUCGCAGCAGCACUCUUCUCCCGGGCAUUCCGCGUCUGCUCUAGCCCCACGAAGCGUAGGCAAGAGCUACAGGUUGUAAAAAGGGACCUGUUGAACAAUGGCUACCGUCGACAACUGCUCAGAACGCAGGAGCGCAAAGCAGCGAAGCCCCGCCGUGAAACAGCGAAAGAAACAGUGAAGCGCGCGGCGGUACCCUACACAGUGGGAACAAGCGAAGCCCUGGCACGAAUUUUUAAGGGCUACGGUGUUCAGAUCGCCCACGUGCCUUCCCGAAAACUUGGCCAACAGCUGGUACGCGCAAAAGACCCUUUGCAACACGCGGACUACCCGGGUGUGAUACACAAAAUACCCUGCAAGGGCUGUGACGUGUCGUACAUCGGCGAGAGCGGAAAUUUUAAACGGCGCUUGUGA